AUGCGAACACGCGGAUUUUUCUCCUGUGCAGCACUGGUCCUGUUGCUGAUAGCCAUUGGCCUGUUGGUUGCGUCAAUGGUCACUACAGGAUGGCUUUCUGGGUCAUACACACUCGGUCAUGUGUACAGGAAGAACUGUAAUGUGGGUCUAUUUACUGUGUCCAUAGACGGAGAGGAGUAUGACAGGCGGCGGUUUUUUCGAAUCUACAAAGUGGAAUUCCAAACAACGGUAAUACUGCAGUCAUUUGGAGGAGGUCACUUGUUGUUAGCUACACCAUGCUACAUAUUGUUUUUAACAACAUUUAGUGGUCCAGGAUUUCUCUUCUACUUUUUGUUUGCAGGCUUAUCAGGUAUUUUUCUCCUUGCCGGCUCCCUUUAUUUCCGGUUCAACGUUACUGUCGUCAACUUGAGCCCGGACUUCAGCUGGUACUUGUCUCUGCUAGCUUCCAUAUUUGCAUGCAGCAGUAUAGGAGUUGUGAAAACCGCCAUCACCAGAGGAGAACUCGAAACAGAACCGAAGCCAGACAAUGUCGACAUCGCCACGAAUGUGCAGCACAUUCGCCUGUAA